GGGCGAAUCAUUUUGUCCUCUGAGCAAAUUCACAAGUCAUGAGAAAGGACGCAAGUGUGAUGUCCGAUUCUUAAGUCGUGCAGGAAUAGAUCUUGGUGAAUGGGAGUUUGCUGCCGAAACAGCUCUAAAUAAAGCAGUUGGAGAUCGUUGUCGCUCAGCUAGAAUCAAUCAAUCAAUAUUGAAUGGUCUGUUGAGCAGAAACUUAGCUGAUAAACAAGCAGAUACGAUCAAGGUUCCAUUUAUACAAAUUGCUGGCGUUUUCGGACAGCUGUUGGUAGAAGACAUGGUAAAUGGCUUUUACGUUGUUUUUCCCGGUUCAACAUUCGUGUUACCAACAAAAUUGGCUCACUUGGGAAAUUUAAAAUCAACAAUAAAUAUUUUUAACCAUGUAAUAGAAACAUGA